AUGGUUCUUUGGGUCGCCGACUCGCCGGUCCGUCCGGGAGGCAAAACGGUUGGGUCAAGCGCGUCAAAGCGACACGAGACGCAGGGUGCGAGGCCCACGGCUGACGGAAAGCGGAAAGGCGGGAAGAUUCGCCAGAUGGAGAUCUCGCCCAAGGGAUGCAACAGACCAUCCUCUGGGUCGAAUGGGUCGAAACUGGGGACGCCGCGAGGAUUGGGAACCAUUGCGGGUUGCAAUCCUCACCGUCCGUCCGGAAUUUUCUCUUCGCCAGAAAAGGAUCCUCGUGGCCGCGUUUCCAUCUGA